GCGGCGUCCUCCGGCCGUGGCAGGCGAGGGGCGGCGCCGUGGCAUGGGGGUUUCAGGGGUGUCCGGCAAAGGCCAGCUUCUGGGGCCCGGAGGGUCUGCGACUGGAGUUUGGGGGCAAAGUCGGAGCCUGGAGGGGGAAGUCGGAGGGGAAGCAAGCAAACCCGAGCUUCCUAAGCUAGGAACGGGGAUCUCCAACAGGGGUCGCCAGUGGCCAGGACGCAGCUGCCGAGCGGAGGUCGCGCGGGAGGGACCCAGGGGACAGGGGGCCGUGCGGCGGCUGUGCGCCCCCGCCCCCGGCCCUGGAGAGGGCAGGUCCUGGGGACCUUAUCGGGGCGGGCGAACCUGAUGGCCCCUCGGCCCCGUGCGCGAGAGGUGUUUAAAUCUCAGGGUUAAACAUAGUGUGUUGGCUAGGUCUGUAGUUAGCGCAGUAACCGGGUCUCCAGGCAUUUACAGGGGCCUAGAGGGGAGAUCCGUAGGGUCAGCUCGUCCUCUCCCCUUAAGGGGACGCCGCGCUGCCGGAGAGGCCUGUCUCUCGCAGUGUCCCGCGGGUGGGGGCGCAGGGGAAGCGACCCUAGGAUUGGAGACCCCGCGUCAGAUUUUCCUUCCCACCUGGGCGGCGGGGCUGAGAGAUCGCGACACUGUGGCCGAGACGGGCUUGGCCCCCCCGGAGGAGCGCGCAGGGCGUCCCCGGCCCUGGCAGCGUGCGCUGGCAGCGGGUCCUCCAGGGACAGCUCUCCCGUGGGCUUCGCUGGAGUGGAAACCAGCCUAAAAUGGCUCUGUGCUUGUAAACUGCAGUUUCAGCCGGGAACCCCUCCCCUCGUCCUCCUGACGUCGCCGCUGACAAGCGCACAAUUCACACUCCAACGCCCCGAAACCCGCGAUUUUGCACCGAGCUGUGCCGUGGAAGCGAAUGUACAACCGAUUACAAAGAACAUUCCUCAGGAUUCUCGCAGGGUCCAAGUUCCCCUUUCCUGUAGGAAGGAACGGGAGGUAAUUCUUGCUGCGGGAUACGUUAAGAGAGGAGGACCCUUGCUCACUAGGCAUGGAGGGCAGCUUGUCCGCGUCCAGCGUGCAGGAACCCGCCUCCUCACCCCCGGAGAAACAGCAAAGCUCAGCGAGUGGUAAUGGAGGUCUUGAUUCAGAAGAAGGUUCGAGCCUGGAGGAAAUCGGCUUUAACUGGGGGGAGUACCUGGAGGAAACAGGCGCCAGCGCAGCCCCUCACACGUCCUUCAAGCAUGUUGAAAUCAGUCUUCAGAGCAACUUCCAGCCGGGAAUGAAGUUGGAGGUGGCCAACAAGAACAACCCCGACACGUACUGGGUGGCCACGGUCAUCACCACGUGUGGGCAGCUGCUGCUCCUGCGUUACUGCGGGUAUGGCGAGGACCGCCGGGCCGACUUCUGGUGUGACGUGGUGAUCGCGGAUCUGCACCCCGUGGGCUGGUGCACACAGAACAACAAGGCCUUGAUGCCCCCGGACGCAAUCAAAGAGAAGUACACAGACUGGACGGAAUUCCUCAUUCGUGACUUGACUGGUUCCCGGACGGCGCCAGCCAACCUCCUGGAAGGUCCUCUGCGAGGGAAAGGCCCUAUAGACCUCAUUACAGUUGAUUCCUUAAUAGAACUUCAGGAUUCUCAGAGCCCUUUUCAGUACUGGAUAGUUAGUGUGAUUGAAAAUGUUGGAGGAAGAUUACGCCUUCGCUAUGUGGGAUUGGAGGACACUGAAUCCUAUGACCAGUGGUUGUUUUACUUGGAUUACAGACUUCGACCAGUUGGUUGGUGUCAAGAGAAUAAAUACAGAAUGGACCCACCUUCAGAAAUCUAUCCUUUGAAGAUGGCAUCUGAAUGGAAAUGUGCUCUGGAAAAAUCUCUCGCUGAUGCCGCCCAGUUUCCUCUUCCGAUGGAAGUAUUUAAGGAUCAUGCUGAUCUGCGAAGCCAUUUCUUCACAGUCGGGAUGAAGCUGGAAACACUGAAUCUGAGCGAGCCCUUUCAUAUCUGUCCUGCAUCAGUGACCAAGGUUUUUAACAAUCAUUUUUUUCAAGUGACUAUUGACGACCUAAGGGCAGAACCUAGUAAUCUCUCGAUGCUGUGCCAUGCAGAUUCUUUGGGGAUUUUACCAGUACAAUGGUGCCUUAAAAAUGGAGUCAAUCUCACGCCUCCCAAAGGUUACUCCGGCCAGGACUUCGACUGGGCUGAUUAUCACAAGCAGCACGGGACAGAAGAAGCCCCUCCCUUCUGCUUCAGAAAUACCACGUUUAGUCGGGGGUUCACGAAGAACAUGAAGCUCGAAGCCGUCAACCCCAGGAACCCAGGAGAGCUCUGCGUGGCCUCUGUUGUCAGCGUGAAGGGGAGGCUGAUGUGGCUUCACCUGGAAGGUCUGCAGACUCCUUCCCCUGAGUUCAUUGUUGAUGUGGAGUCCAUGGACAUCUUCCCCGUGGGCUGGUGCGAAGCGAACUCGUACCCUCUGACCACACCACACAAAACCGUCUCACAAAAGAAGAGAAAGAUUGCAGUCGUGCAACCAGAAAAACAAUUGCCAUCCACAGUGCCUGUUGAGAAAAUACCUCAUGACCUUUGUUUAUUCCCUCACCUGGACACCGCAGGCCCUGCCAACGGGAAGUACUGCUGUCCGCAGCUCUUCAUCAACCACAGGUGUUUCUCGGGCCCUUACCUGAACAAAGGCCGAAUUGCCGAGCUACCUCAGUCGGUGGGACCGGGCAAGUGCGUGCUGGUGCUGAAGGAGGUUCUUAGCAUGAUCAUCAAUGCGGCUUACAAGCCUGGAAGGGUGUUGAGAGAAUUACAGCUGGUGGAAGAUCCACAUUGGAAUUUUCAGGAGGAGACCCUGAAGGCAAAGUACAGAGGCAAAACGUACCGCGCCGUGGCCAAGAUCGUGCGGACGUCUGACCAGGUAGCAGAUUUCUGCCGGCGGGUUUGUGCCAAGCUGGAAUGCUGCCCAAAUCUGUUUAGUCCCGUGCUGGUUUCGGAGAACUGCCCGGAGAACUGCUCCAUUCACACCAAAACCAAGUACACCUAUUACUAUGGAAAGAGAAAGAAGAUUGUGAAGCCCCCGAUAGGGGAAGCCAGCACCGAGAGCGGACACCCGAAGCCCGCCAGACGCAGGAAACGGCGAAAAUCCAUGUUUGUGCAGAAGAAGCGGAGGUCUUCUGCCGUGGACUUGGCCGCAGGCUCAGGGGAGGAGAGCGAGGAAGAGGAUGGGGAUGCUGUGGAUGAGGACACUGGCAGCGAGGAGACCAGCUCCGAGCUCCGUGAUGACCAGACAGAUACCUCUUCAGCCGAGGUCCCCUCCACGCGGCCCCGGAGGGCUGUCACCCUGAGGAGCAGCUCGGAGCCCGAGCGCCGGCCACCCGUGGAAAGGCCUCGAAGGGCCCGGAGGGCGCAGGCUGCCUCCUGUACCGAGGGGGCAGAGCAGGGUGCAGCCACCGUCCAGGACCCAGCUGAGGACACAAAGCAGGAGGAGGAGGAGAGACUCAUUCUGGAGAGCAACCCUCUGGAGUGGACGGUGACAGACGUGGUGAGGUUCAUCAAGCUGACGGACUGCGCCCCACUGGCCAAGAUCUUUCAGGAACAGGACAUCGACGGGCAGGCGCUGCUCUUGCUGACGCUGCCCACGGUGCAGGAGUGCAUGGAGCUGAAGCUGGGGCCCGCCAUCAAGCUGUGCCAUCAGAUCGAGCGGGUUAAAGUGGCCUUCUACGCCCAGUACGCCAACUGACACCGCCCUCUCGGGAGGGGACCGGCGCUGCUGUGGUGCAGCGUCUUGGGAAAGUUCGGGGACCAGUGCUUUGUUUUUUGGGCGACGUAGCUGGUACACGCACUAAGUAGCGCCAAAAGGCAGCUCGGAGGACCUCCUGCCCCUCCAGCCUCUGCCGGCACCACGUUUCCAAGCACACCUGCCACCGCGGCGGGCGCCCCUGGAGUGUUGGGCACUGCGGGGAGAGGAAGAGCUGCUCCGCACGGCCACGUCUCGGCUUUCUCCCUCCGCAAGCCAGGCGGCUCCUGCGAAGGGCCCUCCUCAGCCACAGCCCACUUGGCUUUGAAAACGAAGGCACAGGUGAUGUCUUUUCUGCACAUGCCCAGAGAGGACACCAGCCGGUGGCUUUGCUCUGCUCGCUGGUGACGAUGCACGCGUGGCCGUGGCCGCGCGGAUGCCGGUUUGAUCUCGGGGGCAGCUUCGUUCUCAGACACACUGGUUUCGGGACGUGGUUAUAAAAGGAUGGGCUAAACUGUCACCUGUCACCUGUCCCAGCUGCCUCUCGGGAAGUAGGAGGCUUGAAGGAGGCGGGAUGUCGUUGCGGUGAGACCUUUCUUGCCAAGCGACGGAUGUCUAGAGCCUGUGGAGAGUCCGUCUGCAGUCUUUUCUAGAACCUCACUUAUUUCUGACUUUCUCAUUUCAUUGUGACCAGAUCAGGGAGUGGGUCCUUCAGUCUGCUGGGAAAUGCUGAGCUGUGUAUCGAAGGAAAAGCUUAAUUUCAGAGAGGAGUGGGAAGAGGCUUCAGGAAAUUCUUAAUAAACCAGCUGUGUCCCCUUGGAAGGAUCCUGCAGUGAGUGUCUCAGUGAGACUGGCUUGGAUCCCAGCCCUGGGCCGUCCGGGAGGAGGCCCGUGUUCCCGACGGGAGCCCGGGCAGCAUCCUGGAUCAAUGACCUGUCCGUCUUGCAGGGGACUUUCUCCUGUCCACCCCAGCUGAUUGCCACCACCAAGUUUUAAACGUCUGGCAAGUGGGUCUGCCUGGGGACCUGUGCUGGAAGGACCGGCGUCCUGCCCUAUGGCGUUGGCAGCGUGGUGAGGACAGAGGCAUCCACGGGGACUCGCCAGUUAGCUUGCGGUCAUUUCUGUCUCCCGCUGCCUCCUCCUGGGUUCCCACUCCUGCUUCUCAGCCACAUACUUCCGGCCUUCCACGCCCCGCCCUGUGGAGUCCAUGGGAAAGGGGAUCCAUUUCCAGAUCGUCGGCAUUUUCCCUGCGCUGACUCACUCACGAGCCUUCACUGUGACCUUUUCGAGCUGAGCUAUUCCUGUGGCAUCUGAAACGGGAGUGAGGGGAUGUGGGGGCUGCAAGGUAACGUGUUUCCAGUAGGAGUGUCCCCUCCUCGUGUCCUUUCAGGGAACGGCAUGGGGGAGAGGUGCUGCGUGGGAGGUGGGAGGUCUUGCAGGCAUCUCUGGAACCCCCACCCCCCCGGAGAGCUGGUAAGCCUCCCCCGGCAGCCUGGGCAAGAUGUAGCCACCGUUGCUGGGGAUACGUCCUGCUCCCCAAGGGGCUGUGUGCCCCACACCUCCUUGUCCUCAGUGUCUCUCUGAGCGGCGACCUGUCACUUCCCCCACGUCCACUUGGUGGUGCGUGGUCAGGAAGACGAGGCCGGGGCCAGAGGCAGAAGACCUGGCUCCAGGGUGACCAUCAUGGAAGUGACAUAUGUGUCCCCUCCUGGCCCCCCCUCCUGGCCAGGAAACCUUUCAGGGCCAAGAAGAUGCUUCUGGUGUGAGUGUUCCCGAAGUCCUCCUGAACUUGGAUUCUCUGGGGGGUUUCCACUGCUGGGUGCACUUCACCUCAUAGCAAGUGGGCCACCGAAUGGUAAUGAGGUGUUUGUUCUUCUGUAGGAUUCACCUGACACCAGCUUCUGGCCUAUCAAUAGGGCCAGUUUCCAAGGUACAUUUUGCCGUCUUGCUGUUGUGUCUCUUAAGGCAGGAAACGAUGAUUUCCUCUCCCACCCCAGCACCACCAUGCCCCCGAGGCAAACCCCUCUCAGUUGAAACACCAGCAAGGGGUGCCUCUCCCCCGACCUCUCUGUCCCCAGACGCUCCAGCCUCUGCUCUGUGUCUAUGAGAAUACUUUGGGACCAAAGUCCUGUCCUCUGUGUGGCUGGGUCCCGCAUACACCAAGCUGCCCAUUACCUCCUGGAGCGGGCCAGGAAACACAUCCUCCUCUCCUGGCCCAGCAGACACUUCGAGUUCUGUGCAGCGUGGAUAACUCGAGAAGCAGAAAUGCAGCCUUGGUGAGAGCCCUCGAGCAAUCCCAUCCAGAAACUACGGGAGCUGGUUCAGCCCCCACCUUCCUGACUGCGUCUGUGCUGUGUUGGGAAAAUAUCCUGCCCACAUAUACCCCAAAAAACCCGAGAAAACCUAAAAAGAGUAGGGUAAGGCUGGCAUUGCGAACGAACUUCUUUGCUUUUCCAAAAAUAAGAAAAGAAAAGAAAAA